AGCGGGCGGCCGCGAGUCACUAAGACGCUCAUUCACCCGCGCAGCUGUCACCAUAACAACCGGAGCCCGGGAGUCCUGGCGACCGCUAGGGCGUGGGGGGGGAGGCGAGUGGGAGGGAGACGGAGCACCGCGCCCCGCACAUGCACACCGCUGGCGGGAGGGCGCCACGCGUGUUGUCGCCGCCGCCAGGCCGUCCCCGCGGGCGGGGAUCGAGCCGGCCGCCGAGCAGCCCCGACUCUAUGGCCUACAGGGAGCGCGCUGCCGCCGCACCGCCCACCACCAGCCGAAGCCCGAGCGCCAGCGCCAGGAAGAGCCUAGCGGCACGCGCUGCAACCCGGGGCCCAGGGGCCCGGCCGCCCGGAGCGUGGGGCAUGGGAGCCCGGUAGUCGAGUGCAGCGAGAACCCCAGCGGCAGGCAGGACCGGGGGAUCCAGGAUCUUGAAGUCCCCGGAGAGCCCGAGGCAGCAAAGCGCCCGCCCCGGGCCGCAGCUCAGCCAGGUCCCUCCCCCGGCGGCGCGCACUCGCGCGCGCGCACACACUUGAACACCUUUGCUCGGCGCCCGGCCAGCCUCGCCUACCCCUCCGCGGAGCUGCACCCCUCGGGGGACCGAUGCCAUGGGUAACAACUUCAGUAUCUCCUCUCUACAGCGAGGAAACCAGAGCCGGGCGCCGCGGGGCCACCCCCAGAACCUCAAAGACUCCAUCGGGGGCCCCUUCCCGGUCACCUCUCACCGAUGCCAUCACAAGCAGAAGCACUGCCCACCGGUGCUGUCGGGUGGGGGGCUCCCGGCCACACCGCUGCUCUUCCAUCCCCACACCAAGGGCUCCCAGAUCCUCAUGGACCUCAGCCACAAAGCCGUCAAGAGGCAGGCUAGCUUCUGCAACGCCAUCACCUUCAGUAACCGCCCGGUGCUCAUCUACGAGCAAGUCAGGCUGAAGAUCACCAAGAAGCAGUGCUGCUGGAGUGGGGCCCUUCGACUCGGCUUCACCAGCAAGGACCCCUCCCGCAUCCACCCUGACUCGCUGCCCAAGUAUGCCUGCCCUGAUCUGGUGUCUCAGAGUGGCUUCUGGGCCAAAGCUCUGCCUGAGGAGUUUGCCAACGAAGGCAACAUCAUUGCCUUCUGGGUGGACAAGAAGGGCCGCGUCUUCUACCGCAUCAAUGACUCGGCUCCCACGCUCUUCUUCAAUGGGGUCCGAACGGCUGACCAGCUCUGGGCCCUCGUGGAUGUCUACGGCCUCACUCGGGGUGUCCAGCUGCUAGACAGUGAGCUGGUGCUGCCCGACUGCCUGCGGCCGCGCUCCUUCACGGCUCUUCGGCGGCCGUCGCUGCGGCGCGAGGCAGACGAGACGCGCCUGUCGGUGAGUCUGUGCGACCUCAAAGUGCCGAGCGCGGACGGCGACGAGGGCACGCCCCCCGCCGGCUGCCCGAUCCCCCAGAACUCGCUCAACUCGCAGCACAGCCGCGCGCUGCCCGCACAGCUCGACGGCGACCUACGCUUCCACGCGCUGCGCGCGGGUGCACACGUCCGCAUCCUGGACGAGCAGACGGUGGCGCGCCUGGAGCACGGGCGAGACGAGCGCGCGCUCGUCUUCACCAGCAGGCCGGUGCGCGUGUCCGAGACCAUCUUCAUCAAAGUCACGCGCUCGGGCGGCGCGCGAGCCGGCGUGCUGUCCUUCGGGGUCACCACGUGUGACCCCGGCACCCUGCGGCCGGCGGACCUGCCCUUCAGUCCCGAGGCUCUGGUGGACCGCAAGGAGUUCUGGGCGGUGUGCCGCGUGCCCGGGCCGCUGCACAGCGGCGACAUCCUGGGCCUGGUGCUCACUGCAGAUGGAGAGCUGCACCUGAGUCACAACGGGGCGCCGGCUGGCAUGCAGCUGUGCGUGGACGCCUCGCAGCCGCUCUGGAUGCUCUUCAGCCUGCAUGGCGCCAUGACGCAGGUCCGCAUCCUCGGCUCCACCAUCAUGACCGAGCGGGGUGGCCCAUCUCUGCCCUGCUCACCUGCCUCCACUCCAACCUCACCCAGUAUCCUGAGCGACCGACUCUUCGAUCCCCUGCUCAGCACCUGCAACUCUGGGCCUCUGGGUGGCUCUGCUGGUGGGACAGCCCCCAACUCACCAGUGAGCCUGCCAGAGUCACCAGUGACCCCAGGCAUGGGCCAGUGGAGCGAUGAGUGCACCAUUUGCUAUGAACACACAGUGGACACAGUCAUCUACACAUGUGGUCACAUGUGCCUCUGCUACUCCUGUGGUCUGCGCCUCAAGAAGGCCCUGCAUGCCUGCUGCCCCAUCUGCCGCCGCCCCAUCAAGGACAUCAUCAAGACCUAUCGUAGUUCCUAGCCCACUGCAGAGCCCCACCCCACAUGCCCAUUUCUACAGACUUCAGCCCAGCACCAGCCAAGGGCCAAGCCAACAGGGUCCCUUUUCUUCUGCAUUUUGCAAAUUCUUCCUCCUUUCCAUUAAACAAGGGAAACCAAGGCCCCAGAAGGUUUGGGCUGAGAGUGGGUCUAAGGCUGGGAGGUAGGGGCAGAAGCACAUGGUGAACAGAGGAGGCAAGGUCACUCCACCAUCUUUCCCUCCCCUGUACCCAGCUCUUCUCUGCAUGCUGAGAAGCUAAGUUGGAGUCUCAGCUCGUUCCAACCCCUCCCCAUCUGAGCAGAUUUCUAGGAGGUUUGUGUAGCCCCUGUUGCACCUUGGUGAGAGUUGGGGAACAUGUAGCUUCCUCUGGGCAAAUGUAGCCCUGAGCCAGGAUGUGGGGCCUGACCUGGGGAGUAGACGCGAAUCCUCGUCUCCAUUUGCUCCCUCAGCCAGCUGCCCUUGAACAGAGUAUAGCCUGCUCAACAGAGCCCUGGAUGGGCAGCUCCUGAGCCACUCUCUGAGACCUAUGCUCUCCUGUUUCCCCACUUCCUUGCCCAUGGGGCAUGGCAGCUGGGGAGGCCAGUGAGCUCCUCUCACCAUGGGCAGCUGCAAUGAGUAUGUCUCUUCCCUUCUACCCAGGAUGGGUAGCUGAACAGACUGCAGAGGUCUCUCUUGGCCAUGUGCCUACCUGCCAUGUUCAGGACCCUUUCUUCCCGUAGCCUUCUGCACCAAUCAUCUCACUGGUGCCAUUGCCCAGGGUGCCAUUGCCCAGAGUACCUUUCAGUAUGGGCUGAGGUGGGCCUUUCACUGUCAGGGUCUAUAGCCACACCCCUUGGGCCUGUCUGCUCUCAUCUCAGUGCUGGCCUUGGCCUGGGCUGAUCUUGCCAUCAUUAGUCCAGGAGGGGAUUGGGCCCCCAGUAGUAUGGGGGUUUCCUGGGCUAUGAACAGUUUUUUUCCUUAUUUUUAUUUAUUUAUUUAUUUGGUUUAUGGGUUGGUUUGUGGAUGAGUUCCAUCUUGGGGCCUCUAAAAAUGCUGCUGUUGGGGGGUUGCCUGGUGAGGGGACAGGAGAGGUAGUGGCUACUCAGAAUCUUCCCCACACCUGACAAGGCUUUGGGAAGUCCUGCUAACCUAGAGGUGGGACUUCAGACCUAAGACCUCCCAGGAGGAAGAUGAGCUCUCAGGCUGGGGAACCACCCAGAGCCACCCUGAGCCAAGGCUGCAUUAGCAUGACUGGCUCAGGUGCAUCAGGUGGCCUAGGAGUCUGCCUCUAUAACAUCAAAAGUUCUGUAAGGCUUGGGCAGGGGAUUCCCCACAUAGGCCAGGGACCAGGAAGGAGACCCUUUUCAGGAGAGCUGGGAGGAUCCUAUGUCCUGUGAAGGAGUGCCCACCGCUCUUAGGCUAUGGCCCCUGCAGCCCUACCUGCUUGUUCUGGGCCACUGUGGUGUCCUGGCCAAAGCUCCCUUAGCCUCCUAGUCCCUGGUCCUCAGAUGACUGAUUGUGCACCUUCAGAGAUGGCUUCUUCCUUUACAGGCAGGGCCUGGGGUUCUGUACUUGCCCCUGGCCAGUUGUGUGGCCCUGGCUGCUGGUUACCCUCCAAACCCCAGCUUCCCCCUAUAUCAGGUGGUUAUUGAGUGGUUGUUUAGGCUGGAGAAGACUUUCCAUAUGGCUCCUGAGAUUUCUGGACUGCUGAGGGGCAGCGUGAUGGAGGCACUGGGGACGGGAUUCCAAGCUAGACCUUUGCCUGCACCAGCCUUGCAGGGGCCUGAGGAGACCUUGUGGUAUUCUGGGUCUCACCUUUCCAGUCACCGGCCCUGGUAGACCUCUUCUGUGGAAGCAGGCUGGCUGGUAAGUGGCCCCAUCCAGCCCAGAAAUGGUCUUAGUGGUGAAGAAAGGCCCUAGUGCAGGGCUGUUUAGAGGUGGGAAAAUAAGCCAUCAUCCAUUCUGCUAGUACAGGGGUAGCCACUGCCUCCUUUGUAAACUCCGGUUGCUGUGAUUGUGAAUAAAGGUGACUUUGUACCAGCCUGAGGGCUGUGCCAUGCGUGUGGGGGCUGGGAAGGGGAACUAGUGUGUGAGUGCACCUGAGUGGGUAGGGGCUGUGAGCAAUUUCCCUGGCCUCUCUGGUUGUUCACUGUAGGCCUCUGAACCCUAAGGUGGUCUGUGAUGGACAAGCCUCCCUGGACUCAGGCUUUGGAGCAUGACCCAGGGCUUAGACAGUGGGGUCCAGAAUGCCAGGAAAGCCUUGUAAGUUAGAAGGGAGAAGCUGCUACCCUUCUGGUGGCCUCUAGGCAGGUCAGGGAACAGGGUUAGGUAGGGUGAUAAGGGAAAUAAAUCACAGGCAUGCUGCUUCCUCUCAGGCCGAAGAACCUGUGGGGGAGGAAUCGGAGUUGGGGAAUGUGGGGUCAGCUAGAGCCCUGUGGCUGGAAUGGUGGAGUUCCUACUGGUGGGUGCAAAGGCCUAUAUGUGAGUGGCGCCUCUGGGUGUGGGUGCGGAGGAUAGUUUCCAGACAGGUACCAUUUAAGGAACUUAGAUGUGCUAAGUAUAUCUGGGUGGCAGGAAAAGCUGGGGACGGGGUAUGAAGAAGGCAGCCAGAUUGGUCCUAAGGUCUAGGUACAGUGUUUGACUUGUGCCCAUUUGGCAGGGCCAGGCCUCAGAGGCAUGUAGGAUGCCUGGCUGCAUCCUCUCCUGGGAGAAAGCUUUGUCUACCUAGCCUCAGCCUGUGCUUGAACUGACAGGUCUAUUUUACCCUGCCACAGGAGGCUGAGGGCCAGGGGUCCAGCCUUGGCUAUUCCCAGGCAGCCUCUGGGGAAGGGGCUGGAAGAGCUUGUUUGAACUGACCUCGCCUCCCACGUCCCAUCCUCUUGGGCUGGGGGAUUUGGAGUCAGCUGCUGUUUGGGCUGAUGGGACUUGUGCUGUUCAGUUGAAUGGGUCCUCUGGUGCUAGGGAGAAUCAGGUGAUUCUGUUCAGUUAAAAAGGCCAAAAACUUUAUUUGUUUUCAGGGAAAUACAAGAUGCAUGUAAACAUAAACAAAAUAUGAAACAAAACAACCCAAAUUUUACAGUCUAGAAGCAUGCCAAGACAGAACAUUACUGUGCACCUAAGAGUCCCAUCAAACUGAUAAAGGACACCUGGAAAGUGGCAGGUCAAGGGGUUGGGUCCCUUCCCCAAGGACACUGCAUGUUUGUGAUGAGAUUUAAAAACCAAUCCACUAUUAAAAUGAUCAAAAACAUGGAGAUAGUUUAGCACCACCAAAGAUCUCAGAGAUUUGUUAGCACUCGAGUGGACAGUACUUCGUCCAAAGUCCUUUUCGCAGUUCCUCUGCUGUUGGGAGGAGGGUGCAGGGAGGGCAGAACCUGGGGGAAGGGCUCCUGCCGACCCCACUAAGCUGGCUGGAGAUGACUGUUCACUAUGAGGAAGUCCCUGCAAUUCUGGAGCCCCAGUGACAUCCAUCAGCCAUUACCCACCACACAGUCUACAUCCCUACCCUGUGAGGGUGGCCACUCACAUCUGCCUUAGAAGUCACCCUCCUGCAGGCCUCUCAGUAACUGGCAGGGAUGCCCAGACCCUGUCUUCUGUCUGCUUCAGGGGACAAGUUGUAAGUUUGAGGAUGACAGCUAUUUACCCUUUAAAAUCAACUCAAGAGCAGUGUGCUUCAGUAGAAGCCACUAGAGAAUGGAAGAGUAUAUGCAGGGAUGCUGGUGCACUUUACCUGGUGUGACUGAUAGCAGGAAGGCCAACUCAGCACAUGGACACCUACGUUUCUCUAGAACCUUGGGAAUAACUGGUGUCAACAGAGACAAAGAGGUUGCCUUCUUCCCAGACAGGCCUACUGGAGUCUGGACCCUGAGUCUACCGUGGGGCUGUCUGUCCCUACUGUAUGGCCUGUUAUGGUCACUGGUCUCUGAUUUGUACAGUUUGACAGGAUAGCUCUGUAUUGGGUAAAAGGCAUUGGACAAAAAAUACCCUAGGAAUCUGGGGAGGUGGAUGGAAGUCUUCUGGAAAAGGGCCUUCAAACCCAAAGAUUGGCUUAUGGUUGGCAUUGUCUCUCCCCUCUAAGUAAAUCAGUGAUCAUGGAGGCCCAGCUGUGACCCAGUGAGUGAGUUCUCUGGCCAACCUCCAGCCCUGACUGGCCCCUUGGCU